ACGAAAUGCGAGCAGUUCUCGUUAAGGAUGGAAAGGGCCCUGUUGAUAGCCUCUAUAUCGGGGAAAUCGAGAAACCCUCUCCAGGGCCUGGCAAGGUCCUCGUAAAGGUCCAGGCUUUUGGCCUGAACCGCAUGGACAUCAUGCAACGCGAGGGGAGAUACCCUUUGCCACCCGGUGCGCCCAGCACCUUGGGGGUCGAGUUCUCCGGACACGUUGUCCAGACCGGUGAGGGUGUGAGCGAAUGGAAGGAGGGUGAUGAAGUCCUCGGACUUGCCUCUGGGGGCGCAUAUGCCGAAUACAUCGUCGCACCUCACAGGAAUCUCAUCAAGAAGCCUGCUCAUCUAUCAUGGGUUGAGGCUGCGAGCAUUCCCGAAGUGUUCCUUACAGCAUUCCAAGCGCUUGUUGUCCUGGCCGAGGUCAAGAAAGGCGACGACGUCCUCGUGCAUGCCGGCGCCUCAGGUGUAGGCAUUGCCGCCAUUCAAUUGGCGCGUUUCUACGGCGCCAACACGGUCACCGCAACCGCGUCUACCAAGGAGAAGCUUGAUAUGCUUCUGUCGGCUCCGAACGGCGCCACUCACGCCGUCAACUACAAGACACAGGAUUUCGCCGAAGAGGUAAAGAAGACGACGGGCGGGAAGGGCGUCGACGUCAUCAUCGACUUUGUCGGCCAAUCGCACUGGCAGAAGAACAUUGACUCCUUGGCGUACGACGGACGGAUGACGAUGCUUGCCCUCAUGAGUGGUGCCGAGGUGCCCAAUUUCAACCUGGUCCCCAUUCUGUACAAGCGCCUGCGCAUUCAGGGAUCUACACUGCGCGCCCGCUCGGAAGACUACCAGGCUGAGCUCAUCGCCAGGUUCAAGCGCGAGGCAUUCGAUCAUAUCACCGGUAGCUCAGGCGACGGCCGCAUUCGUACCUACAUUCACAAGAUUUAUCCCUGGACGGAGAUACAGGCCGCUCACCGCGAGAUGGAAGCGAACAGCAACAGUGGAAAGAUUAUGGCAGAGGUCGUAUAAGAUAAAUCAAGCGAAGCACAACGGCC